AUGUUAGAAGGAGUCCCGCAUGCAAGAGGCCAUGAAAUUGUGACAUCAACUGUCCUCACAAGCCAUCUUCUUGAUCCUCAGGGCUGCCCAAUGGAGCUCCUCCUCAUUGACUCCGGAAACCUGAGCUGGUCCUUCUCUUCUUUCUUUACCUCCACCACCUAUUCGACAAAAGUCCCCCAAGACUCGGCAAACCCACAGAACUCACCAGUUUUUACCAUCAAAUUAUCGAAAAAGAGUUCUGAAAACUCUUCACGAGGCCUUCAAAAGUCACCCAAGAAGGACCUGUCUCGGAUUCUGCGAACAGAGGCUGCCAUUAAAGCAAUUGAGAGAAAAGCAAACUCGACAAAGUACAAUCGGUUAUGGCCCAAAGCUGUUUUGGAGGCUUUGGACGAUGCUAUAAAAGAGAAUCGUUGGGAGUCUGCUCUUAAGAUUUUCGGUCUUCUUCGUAAGCAACAUUGGUAUGAGCCAAGAUGCAGAACAUACACUAAGUUGUUAGUUAUGCUUGGCAAAUGUAGGCAGCCCAAGCAAGCUAGCUUGAUUUUUGAGAUCAUGAAGCUUGAUGGGCUCCAGCCCACCAUUGAUGUUUACACAGCACUCGUGAGUGCAUAUGGCAUCAGUGGCCUUCUUAACGAGGCAUUUCAUACUGUAGAGGAUAUGAAAUCAGUCUCUAACUGCAAACCUGAUGUGUAUACUUAUUCAAUACUCAUCAACUGUUGCACUAAACUUCGUCAGUUUGAUAUGAUUGAAUCCAUUCUUGCUGAGAUGUUGUACUUGGGAAUUGAAUGUAACACCAUCACAUACAACACUCUGAUUGAUGGAUAUGGCAAGGCUGGACUGUUUGAACUGAUGGAGAGUUCAUUGACGGGUAUGAUUGAAAGUGACAGAUGCCUUCCAGAUGUUUUCACAUUUAAUUCUGUUGUCGGGGCAUAUGGGAACAGUGGGCAGAUUGAGAAAAUGGAGAAGUGGUUUGAUGAGUUUCAGCUAAUGGGGUUAAGGCCAGACAUUAUGACAUUUAAUAUCCUGAUUAAGUCAUUUGGUAAAGCAUGUAUGUAUGAGAAGAUGGAGUCUGUUAUGGGCUUCAUGAGGAAAAGGUUUUACUCACCAUCUGUCGUUACUUUUAACAUAAUUAUCGAGGCAUUUGGGAGGGCCGGAGAUUUUGAGAAGAUGAAUGAAAUCUUCUUAAAAAUGAAGCAUCAAGGAAUGAAGCCUAAUUCAGUUACUUAUUGCUCUCUUGUUAGCGCAUAUAGUAAAGCUGGGCUUUGGAAGAAAGUUGAUUCCUUAUUAAGGCAAAUAGAAAAUUCUGAUGUGAUUCUGGAUGUUCCGUUUUUUAACUGCAUCAUAAGUGCCUAUGGCCAGGUUGGUGAUGUGGUGAAAAUGGGUGAGCUAUUCUUGGCUAUGAAAGAGAGAAACUGUAAACCAGACAAUAUGACCUUUGCUACCAUGAUCCAAGCUUACAAUGCCCAAGGAAUGAUUGGGGUUGCUCGAGAUCUGGAGCUUAAGAUGAUUACUGCAACAGAUAACUCAGGUAUCUUCUUGCAAAAUUUACGCAUUAUCUGGUCUAUGGAUUAUUAA